CCUAUAAAAUAACCACCUUUUCUUCCUCAUUGCAGCAACUCUCACCUCAAAGAUGAAUUCCCUUACAACUCUAAUUCUUUGGGUUUUCCUUUCUUCCUCAGCACUAACAACCUUCAUCAUUAAUGGCGUCGAAGCCUCCCACAACCUUUACAUGCAUUUACAGUCGUCGCGCCCACCUGUUAAUGUCAACCAACUCCACAGAACUGGAUACCAUUUCCAACCUCCCAGGAACUGGAUCAACGAUCCAAAUGGACCAAUGUACUAUAAUGGGAUCUACCACCUCUUCUAUCAGUACAACCCCAAAGGUGCUGUUUGGGGCAACAUUGUUUGGGCUCAUUCAGUGUCCAAGGACCUCAUAAACUGGAAAACAUUACCCAAUGCAAUUUACCCAUCAAAGCCAUUUGACAAGUAUGGUUGUUGGUCUGGUUCAGCCACAAUCCUCCCUGGAAACAAGCCCGUUAUUCUCUACACCGGGAUAGUCGAUGAAAAAAAUACCCAAGUCCAGAACUACGCCGUCCCAGCCAACUUAUCGGACCCAUAUCUCCGUGAGUGGAUCAAGCCCGAUAACAAUCCAUUGAUAGUUGCGGACAAGUCCAUCAACAAGACUGCAUUCCGUGACCCAACAACAGCCUGGUUGGGCCGGGACAGGCAUUGGAGGUUAUCAAUGGGUGGUCGGAGGAGGCACAGAGGGAUUGCAUAUUUGUAUAGGAGUAAGGAUUUCAUCCACUGGGUUAAGGCCAAACAUCCACUGCAUUCCACUGCUAGGACUGGGAAUUGGGAGUGUCCUGAUUUCUUCCCAGUGUCUGUUUCUGGUAAAAAUGGACUGGAAACUUCUGUUAUGGAUCCAAAUGUUAAGCAUGUCUUAAAGGUCAGCCUUGAUGUCACCAGAUAUGAGUAUUACACCUUAGGUACAUACAAGAAUGAUAAGUACAUUCCUGACAAGAACAUGAUUGAUGGCUGGAAUGGCUUGAGAUACGACUACGGAAACUUUUACGCCUCAAAAUCGUUCUUCGACCCGAGCAAGAACAGGAGGAUCUUGUGGGGUUGGGCGAACGAGUCUUCUUCUACUGCCGAUGAUAUUAAGAAGGGUUGGGCCGGAAUCCAGCUUAUCCCACGUACAAUUUGGCUUGAUAGUAGUGGCAAACAGUUGGUGCAAUGGCCUGUUGAAGAAGUAGAAACUCUAAGAGGGAAGAAGGUGGAACUGAAAAACAAGAAGCUUGUGAAGGGAGAAAGGAUUGAAAUCAAAGGAAUAACAGCUGCUCAGGCUGAUGUAGAUGUAACUUUCUUGUUCGAUAGCUUGGACAAAGCUGAGCCAUUUGAUCCAAGCUGGGAUAGACAUGAUGCUCAGAAGCUUUGUGGCCACAAGGGUUCAACUGUUCAAGGUGGAUUAGGACCGUUUGGGCUCUUGACGUUGGCUUCAAAAAACCUGGAAGAAUACACCCCCGUCUUCUUUAGAGUUUUCAAGGAUCAUGACAAGUAUCUUGUUCUUAUGUGCUCUGAUGCAUCAAGGUCAACCUUAAGAGAUGGGGCAGGUGCAUACAGACCCUCAUUUGCAGGAUUUGUAGAUGUAGACUUGACUGAGAAGAAGCUUUCACUCAGGAGUCUGAUUGACAACUCUGUCGUGGAGAGCUUUGGGGCACGAGGGAAGACUUGCAUUUCAUCAAGGGUUUAUCCCACUCUUGCAAUAUAUGACAAUGCACAUUUAUAUGCAUUCAACAAUGGCACUCAAACUGUCAAAAUUGACAGUUUGAAUGCCUGGAGCAUGAAUAGGCCUCUGCAGAUGAACAAUUGAUGACAUGAUUCAGACAGAAAAUCGGAUUAAUUAGUUUGGUUUUAGUUUCUUCUUUUUAUGCUUUUCUUCGUUUUUCUUCUGUGAAACUAUUAUAGAGAUUUGAGAAUAAGUUGAGACCAAAUUUACAUUUCAAAAUUCUUACGAUUCAUCAUGAUAUUGGAACGGCAAAUGCCCGUUGGAAUAAUGCAUUGAGGACCCGGAGAGUUACUACGUAUCCGAUGGACUUGCACAUUGGAAGUGCGCAGAUGCUUAGGAAGAGAAGAACAUCUAUUGAACCAAGAGAAGUUGCUAUGCUGGAAGACUGAAGACAAUACUUAGUCCUUAGGUUUUCCUUUGUGUACCACAAAUAUCUAAAAUAAAGGAUUAAAACAAUUGAGAA